ACUAGACCAAAACUUUGACAGCCACCUUUCGUUCUCAUCCACAAUCUCCCCGUCCCCUUCUGGAUUUCUCUCUCCCAAUUCUCCAAGCUUCACGCACUUAGAGGCUUUGCGACGGAAUCGGGAGUCCCAGAGAGAGAGGGAAAGAGAGGCAGAUCUUUGUUUCAUGGGCCUUAACCUUAGGGACUUUGGUGGUAUUCUUCCUCCUAUUCUUGUUCUUUUUCUUAUUGAUCUUCUUCAUCAAUGGCCAAUGUUCUGAAUUUCAGGCUCAGAUUUUCCUUCAAUUUUUUCAUCCUUCAUAAACUACUACCCAUUACCGGCUUCCACCUUCUCCUCAUCUUUCUUCACUCCCUCUUAUAGCUCUUGCUUCCAUUGCCGGUUCUCCCGGUACCUUUUCCCUCUUCUCUCUCUCUGCUUGGUUCCUCAGAAAGUUACACACGCAGCAAGCAAACAAGGGAUUGAGAAUGGCAUCGGUGUUUCUGUAUCAUGUUGUGGGUGAUCUGACGGUGGGGAAGCCAGAGAUGGUGGAGUUCCUGGAGACGGAGACGGUGGAGUCGGCGAUACGUGCCAUCGGAGAGUCGACAGAAGGGGGGAUAGCGGUGUGGAAGAGGAAAUCACAGCAUGGGGCUGUGAUCGAGAAUUGGGAGAUGAGGCAGCAGAGGUUUGUGGGUAUUCUUAAUUCUCUUGACAUUGUUGCAUUCUUGGCAAGGAGUGAGUGUUUGGAGGAUCGGGACAAGGCCAUGAAGACACCGGUUUCCCAGGUUGUUUUGCCUAAUAAUUUCUUGUUGAGGCAGGUUGAUCCUGGGACAAGAUUGAUAGACGCACUGGAGAUGAUGAAGCAAGGUGUGAAGCGUCUUCUUGUUCCUAAAAGUCUGGGAUGGAAAGGCAUGAGCAAGCGAUUCUCAAUUCUCUACAAUGGUAAGUGGCUUAAGAACAUUGAUACCUCUGGGGGCAGCAGCAAUAACCUCAAUGCCAACAGCAAUCGGACUUCCUCUUCGACCACCAUCAUCCGUGAUAAGUUUUGCUGUCUGUCAAGAGAAGACGUCAUCCGUUUCAUUAUUGGUUGCCUUGGUGCUCUGGCUCCAGUCCCUCUCUCCUCCAUCUCCUCCCUUGGAGCCAUCAACCCAAACUACUACUCUAUUGAGGCCUCCUCGCCAGCCAUUGAAGCAACUCGAAAGCUCCCUGAAGACCCUACUGCAGUAGCCGUUGUGGAACACUCGCCAGAUGGUCGGUGUAAGAUCAUUGGAGAUAUCUCUGCAACCAAACUAUGGAAAUGCGAUUACUUAGCCGCAGCAUGGGCUUUAGCCAAUCUUUCAGCUGGACAAUUUGUGAUGGGAGUUGAAGAUGAUGUGACCUUAAGGUCAUUGCCUGAUUUCACUGUAAAUUCAGCAGUUGGCAAUAACAAUUUGGCCAAUGGAGGUGGUGGGUCAACAAGGCCAAAGAAAUUUAGUAGCAGGAGUAUUGGGUUCUUUAGCACGACUCCCAGCCCCACUUUUGGUGUUGGCAGGAGCAUGUAUAGGGGCAGAAGCGCGCCCUUGACUUGCAAGGUUACGAGUUCUUUGGCCGCCGUCAUGGCUCAGCUGUUGUCUCACAGGGCUACUCACGUUUGGGUGACUGAGGAUGAAAGUGAUGAUCUUUUGGUUGGGGUGGUGGGUUAUGCUGACAUUUUGGCUGCUGUGACUAAACAACCUGCUGCUGCACCUAUUCCUGCCAAUCGAUCUUUUGAGGCAUAUGGAAAUGAAAAUCAAACAUGAAUUCUUUAAUUUAUUAAUUUUUUUCCAAGUACUUUUGAAUGUUGUAUUUUAGCAAAAAUAUGCAUAAAAAAAAUAGGUUUGGGCUUGCGAGAUAUGUAUGUUUGUCGAAGUUUCUGUAUAAUUUUGUUGUGGUAAUGAAAUCAUUCAGUUGUAUUGCUAUGCUA